CAUUUCCAGCAUGAACUUCUUCCUGCAUGGACAUAAAUUUAAUUAAGUUAGGGGCACUUGGAUUUAACACACCGAGGAGACCGGAGCAGCUGGAUCAGGCCCCGGGCCAGCGGUCAGCAUCCCCCUCCCUCGCACAGACUGCACCCAGCUCCCAGAGCCCGCGGGAGAUGAGGGGCCGAGGCCAGCCCGGACCGCCGGCGGAGGGACCGCGGAGGAUGUUGCAGGUGGACGCCAGGAGCCAGGGCUCGGGGAGGUCUCCCUCGGUGUCGCCAGACCGGGGCAGCACCCCUACCUCUCCCUACUCACUCCCGCAGAUCGCCCCCCUCCCCAGCAGCACGCUCUGUCCCAUAUGCAAGACGACAGAGCUCACCUCCUCCCCCGGCCAGCCGAACUUCAACGCCUGCACCCAGUGUCACAGCAAAGUCUGCAACCAGUGCGGCUUCAACCCCAACCCGCACCUCACCCAGGUGAAGGAAUGGUUGUGCUUGAACUGCCAGAUGCAGCGGGCACUGGGGAUGGACAUGACCACUGCUCCUCGCUCCAAGAGUCAGCAGCAGCUCCACUCUCCUUCACCAUCUCCCUCCCACUCCCCAGCCAAGCACCCACCGGCCCCAGGUGCAGAUAAAUCCCCACCGGCCCCCCGCACCCUGCCGUCCGAGCCACCCAAACCUCACCCCGCAACACCGCAGAAGGAACCGCACAGCCAAGGCCAGCCAAAACCUCAGGAGGCGGCCAGGUCCUCCCCGCAACAUCAGCAAGCCAAGCCUUCCCCCUCUGAGCAGAGAAAGACAACAGGAGAUGCUGGGGCAAAGCCUGCUGCCCCGGCCCCUGGGGCUGGAGCACAAGAGCAGCCCCAGGAGGGGCUCACAGGGAAACUCUUUGGCUUUGGGGCAUCCCUCCUGACCCAGGCGAGCACGCUCAUGUCUGUCCAGCCAGAGGCUCCCACUCCGAGCCAGCCGUCUCCUGGCAAAGUGCCUCCAAAAAUCGUCUUCAGUGAUGCCAGCAAAGAAGCUGGUCCUAAAGCCCCGGGGGCACAGGGCCGGGCUGGUGCUGCACCAGGCGUGAAGCCAGGCAAACCGGAGCAGGGCGUCAAGCCAAAGGAAGUGCCGAAAGCAAGGGUCUUGUGCCCCCUCUGCAAGGCGGAGAUCAACGUGGGCUCCAGUGAGCCCCCCAACUACAACACCUGCACAACCUGCCGGCAGCAGGUCUGCAACAUGUGUGGCUUCAACCCCACGCCUCACCUGGUAGAGAAGAACGAAUGGCUGUGCUUGAACUGCCAAACUCAGCGGCUGCUCGAAGGCAGCCUCGGUGACCCUGCCCCGAUGCCACUGCCUGCCCCAAAGCAACCGCCCACCGGCUCCCCGCGGCACCAGCCACCAGCCGCUGGCCAGCAGCAGAGAGCACCCGUGCCGGUGCCCACCGAGCCGGUAGCACCCCCUGAGCAGCAGCCCUCCCCCGCGAGGACCCUCCGGGCUGCCGAGCAGAGCAGGACCCCGAGCCCUGCCCCAGCCGAGAAGAAGCCCCCAGCUCCAGCAGAGGAAAAGCCGCUGCCCAAAGCUGUCCCAGAGCCUUCCAGAGCUCCUGAGAGUGCCGUGCUGAAGGGGAAGAGCACAACCCCCAAACCAGAGGUGGAGAGCAAGGAGAGCCGGGCACCCCCCGAGGCGCCGCAGGCGAAGGACCAGGAGGAUGGGAGCAAGCCUUACCCCCCGGACCUGUCCCGCAGCCCCCAGAGCCUCAGCGACACCGGCUACUCCUCCGACGGCAUCUCCAGCUCGCAGAGCGAGAUCACCGGCCUGGUGCAGCAGGAGGAGGAGAAGCUGAGCGGCACCGGGCUGGCUGGGCAGAGCCCCCCCAGCCCCUCUGAGCUCACCAAGCUGGAGAGCAGUAUGCGGCCACUCCUGGAAGGCCGGGGUGCCCCACCGGAGCUCACCGAGCAGGGCAAGAGCUGCCCGGAGCCGCGGGAGGAGCAGCGGCAGCGGCAGCGGCCACGGUACCUCUCCAUCACCCCCGAAGCCUUUGACUCAGAUGAGGAGCUGGAGGACAUCCUGGAGGAGGAUGAGGACUCAAUGGAGUGGGAGAACCAGCGGGAGAGGCGGGAGAGUGCAGAGUCCUCGGAUGAGUUUGGCAGCAAGCUGCGGCACGACUACGUGGAAGACAGCAGCGAGGGGGGCUUCUCCCCGGUGCCCCCCCGGCCCAAGGGCCGGGAGGCAGAGGUGAGCGACGAGGAGUUCAUGCGGAGGCAGAUCCUGGAGAUGAGUGCGGAGGAGGACAACCUGGAGGAGGAGGAGGAGGGCUACAGACGUGCCAAGUGCAGCGUCCCCAAAGCUGGGCAGAAGGCUGAGGUGGAGAAGGGCAAAGAGCCGGCAUCGGCUAAGCGGCGUCUGCCACACAGCUCCAGCAGCCUGUACAAGGAGGAGAGGCAGGAGCUGGAGGCGGCGGAGGGCGAUGACUUGAGCACGGCCCAGGGCGGGCUGCGGCGCUUCAAGACCAUCGAGCUGAACAGCACGACUGGCUACGGGCGGGAGAUGGAGAUGGGCCAGGAGGCAGACACCAGCCUGGACCGGGAGCCUGAGCUGGAGAUGGAGAGCCUGACAGGCUCUCCCGAGGAGCGCUCCCGUGGCGAGUACUCCUCCACCCUGCCGGCCACAACACCCAGCUACACCUCGGGCACCUCGCCCACCUCCAUCUCCUCCCUGGAGGAGGACAGCGACAGCAGCCCCAGCCGCCGGCAGCGUCUGGAGGAGGUGAAGCAGCAGAGAAAGGCUCGCCACCGCUCACAUGGCCCUUUGCUGCCCACCAUCGAGGACUCAUCUGAGGAGGAGGAGCUGCGGGAGGAAGAGGAGCUGCUGAGGGAGCAGGAGAAGAUGCGGGAGGUGGAGCAGCAGCGCAUCCGGAGCACUGCGCGCAAGACUAAGCGUGACAAGGAGGAGCUGAGGGCUCAGCGGAGGAGGGAGCGCUCCAAAACCCCCCCCAGCAACCUCUCCCCCAUCGAAGACGCCUCCCCCACUGAGGAGCUGCGGCAGGCAGCAGAGAUGGAGGAGCUGCACCGCUCCUCCUGCUCUGAGUACUCACCCUCCAUCGACUCAGAGGCUGAGAGCUUUGACGCCGUGGCCUCCAAGCUCUACAAGUCGGGCAGUGAGUACAACCUGCCCACUUUCAUGUCGCUGUACUCCCCGACGGAGAAGGGGGAGAGCAGCCCCAGCCAGCCUGCCAGCAAGCCCCUCAAGAGCGCUGAAGAAGCCUAUGAGGAGAUGAUGAGGAAGGCAGAGAUGAUGCAGAAGCAGCAGGUCCAGCAGGCCCAGCCAGCGGUUUCCUACAGUGGCGCCUACCAGCAGGUUGGCUACCGCGGCACCGAGGGCCAGAACGGAUUCGAGUACCAGUAUGCCGAGGAGUACCGGUAUGACAGUGGCCCUGCGCGCCCUUCCCAGCCCAGCUAUCCCAGUGCCCUGCCGAAGGCAGGGGCCGUGUAUGAGGAGAUCCUGCAGACCUCACAGAGCAUCUCCAGGAUGCACCAGUCCUCCUCCUUCGACCUGGCCCUUGAGCAGGGAGAGAAAGUGAAGGGGCAGGAUGAGACAUACCAGGACAAGCACUUCCUCAAUGCUGAGAGCGCCUAUGCCGACCUGAUGAAGCAGAAUGGUGGCCCGCUCACCCCUGGCACCAGUCCCACACAGCUCUCCGCUCCCGUCUCCUUUGCCACCUCCGACAGCAGCACAGGCAAGGGCAUUCCUGACGUCCGGGUCACCCAGCAUUUUGCGAAAGAGGGGCAAGAGCUAGCCAAGCUCCAGAGCGCCCCAGUAGCACCCAGCCCGGUGUCCAAGGCUGCCACCACUCCUUACACCUAUGGCAAAGGUGCCAGCACAGUGACGACAGCAGCGAGCAGCCCUGGGAGUGCACUGCGGAGCUACAGCUCCCCAGCACCAGAGGCCCCAUCCAUAGCCAGCAGAAGCUACAGUCCGGUGAAGAGCACCGUCAGCUACGGCUCACAGACAGAGGACACUGGCAGAAGCAAGGCAGCAGUGGAAAUCAGCGUGCAGACUGCCAGGGAGAAGCUCCCGGCCGUGAGCGACAGCAAGCCCCCACCACCCAAGAUGUACCCCUUCUUCAAGAGCUCCAGCCCUCCGCUCUCACCCACCUCCCCAACGCAGAGUCCCACCCGCACCGCAAAGGCCACCGCAGAGUUUUCCACGCAGACACAGAGCCCCAUCCUCCCCUAUGAGGGUCCCACUGCCACUUCUGCUGGCCCUGCUGCCUCUUCUCUGGUGGCACAGGGGACACAGACGCCACACCGGGCGGGCUCACCACGCCUGGCCCGGCAGCCCUCACAGGAUUCCCCCUUCAUGCUGAUCACACUGGCAGCCGAUGCAGCCAGCCAAACCAAGCCAGCCAGCUCCGGCUCCUCGAUGUCCCCCACCUCAUCUCCCACCAGGCCGAGCCGGCAGCUGCCGGCACAUGGCUACAGCCAGGCACCGGAGCCAGAGCAGCCACAAGGUGCCUACAUCAGGGCACAGCCGGUGAAGGAGCACGCCCAGAAGGCACCCGCCGUGACUUCAGCCACUGACAGCAUUGCAGGACUGUAUGGCUGGGGAGCACUCCCUGCAGAAAACAUCUCCCUCUGCCGUAUCUCCUCCGUCCCUGGCACAUCCCGGGUGGAGCCAGGGCCCAAGGUGCCGAGCACUAACGCCGUGGACUUACGGACUGCACUGAAGUCUGCCCCCAUCAUCAUAACGGACCAAGGCAUGGAUCUCACCUCUUUGGCCACUGAGGCCAGGAAGUACUGCCUGACCUUGGACCACAUCCCGAGCCGGCAGUCCACGGCCAUCCAGCCCUUGAUCAUCAACCUCAAUGCCCAGGAGCAGCCCCACGCCAUCAUCGCAGCAGCCAGCACUGCUGGCCUGGCCAUUGCCUCCCCCAUGUUGCUCUCGCAGCCCAAGCAGCCUGUGGUCUACGGAGACCCUUUCCAGAGCCGGGUGGACUUCGGCCAGGGGAGUGGGAGCCCAGUGUGCUUGGCGCAGGUAAAGCAGAUGGAGCAGGGUGUCCAGACAGCCACUGUUAGAGCCAGCGGGGUGGCCAGCGGCAAGCCCGAGCCCGCUGCAGCCCCUCAGACCAAGUUUGCAAGGUAUGGCAUGCCAGGCCAGAUUGUGAAGAAGGACGUGCUCAUCACACAGACUGGUGGGGCACAGAACGUCGGCAGCCUCCCACAGCCCUUCCCGCCAGAGCCAGGCUCAGAGCUGUACCGUGCAGUGCCAGUGGAGCUGAAGAGCCAGAGCCCUCUCCUCGCCCUGGGCGGCAAGAAGUCCCAGGUGAUGAUGGUGCAGAUGGAGGAGGCGGUGGCUGGCCCAGUGACCAAAGUACUGAAGGAGGAGCCACCGGCCAAUGUGCUGGACCUCACAGGCAUGAAGCCGGAGAGCCAGGUGGCCUGCUGCGAUGUGGUCUACAAGUUCCCCUUUGGCAGCAGCUGCACCGGUGCUUUCAAUCCCACCUCCAAGAUGCCGGAGAAGAAAGCUGGGGAGGUGGGGGCACCUGGACGGAAAGCCAGUGGACCCCUCUAUGGCAGCAGAGAGCCAGAGCUGCCAGAGACCUUUCCCUACCGGGAGCAGCCAGCCCCAGCGCCUGCGCUCUACGAGGAGCAGAAGUUUUACCCCUCCAGCGCCUUUGGCCGCCUCUACUCCUCCAUGUCAGACACGAACCUCUCUGAAAUCGGGAUGAACUACUAUCCCAUGAAGGGGGAUCAGCCCUUCCCCUCCCUGGCAGGCGACGCCGCCGUGGACCUCAGCACGAUGAAGCACUCCUACAGCGUGGGCUUUGCCGAGGGUGGUUACCUGGGCCAGGGGCUGCAGUAUGGCUCCUUCUCUGACCUCCGCCAGCCAGCAGAGAUGCUGGGCCACCCACUCCCCAUGCGGAGGUACAGCUCGGCCUCCAAUAUCUAUUCUGACUACCGCUUCUCGCCCCGGGGGGACCUGGCCAGCUUCCAGGAGUCCAGCCUGGCCCACUACAGUGCCACCACGGCGCGAGAGAUCAGCCGCAUGUGCGCCGCCCUCAACUCCAUGGACCAGUAUGGUGGCCGGCAUGCCAACGGCUCAGACCUGCUGCCUUACGGCCCCGGCGCAGCACCAGGGGGUGCGGGGGGGCUGGCGACUCAGCAGCAAGGCCCCGCACCCCCCAAACCUGGUGGGAUGUACAACCCCACCUUCCCUGAGGCACGGCAGGGCUUCGGCAGCCUGGCGCAGUACAACGUCCCCAAUGUCCGCCUGGGCGCUGUCCGGCAGAUGUUCCCUUCCACCGCCACUGUGCGGGCCGCCGACGGCAUGAUCUACUCCACCAUCAACACGCCCAUCGCCUCCACGCUGCCCAUCACCACCCAGCCAGCCUCAGUGCUGCGGCCUAUGCUGCGCGGGCUCUACAGACCCCUCGGCCCGGAUGAGGAGGAUGGCGAGGAGCGGUAACUGCUGUCGCGGCGGCGGCGGGCUCGGCGCAGCACCGACUGCAGCGUGCAGACAGAUGAGGAGGACAGCGGGGAGUGGGAGCAGCCUGUGCGCCGCCGGCGCUACCGGACCUCACGGCACACCGAGGCCGGUUCCGAGGGCAAGCCGGAGGGGAUGGCCCGCGGCACAGCUAGUGUGGGCAUCCAGACCAUCAGCGACUGCUCAGUGCAGACGGAACCCGACCAGCUCCUUCGUGUCUCCCCCUCCAUCCACAUCACCACCCAUGACCCCCGGGUGGAAAUCGUGAAGUACAUCUCAGCCCCGGAGAAGACGCAGCGGGGCGAGAGCCUGGCCUGCCAGACAGAGCCAGAGCCAGCCCCUCAGCCCGGUGUUGUGGUCCCCCAGCUGACAGUGCCCACCACCAUCCCGCCCUACUCCACCAACAUCCAGAUGGUGAGCACAGGCCCCCUGGACCCCCACGCCGUCCGGCAGCAGACCCUGGGCAAGUUUGAGAAGAAGAAGCCAGAUCCCCUGGAAAUCGGCUACCAGUCCCAUCUGCCAGCUGAGUCCCUCUCCCAGCUGGUGACUCGCCAGCCGCCACGCUCUCCUCAGGUCCUCUACUCGCCUGUCUCCCCCCUGUCCCCCCAUCGCCUCCUGGAGUCCUCCUUCGCCACCAGUGAGCGGCUGAACAAGGCUCACGUCCCCCCACAGAAGCACUUCACCACCGACUCGGCCCAGCGCCAGCAGACACUGCCGCGUCCCAUCAAGACCAUGCAGCGCUCCCUCUCUGACCCCAAGCCAAUCAGCCCCACUGCCGAGGAGGCCGGAAAGGACAGGUUCUCCCUCUACCAGCACCCACUGCUCCCUGGCACCCAGGUGGGGGGGCUGCAGUCAAGCCCGCUAGCGCGCAAGGUGAAGCGGACUCUGCCCAGCCCUCCACCCGAGGAGCCCCACAUCCCCCUGGCCAGCCCGGCCACCUCCCAGCUCUACCUGAGCAGCCUGGCCCCCAAGGCCACUGCGCCAGUCACCAAGGCCAGCCUGCUGAAGGAGCUGGACCGCGACCUGAGGCUGGUGGAGCACGAGGCCACCAAGCUGCGGAAGAAGCAGGCAGAGCUGGAUGAGGAGGAGAAAGAGAUCGAUGCCAAGCUGAAGUACCUGGAGCUGGGCAUCACCCAGCGCAAGGAGUCGCUGCUGAAGGAGCGGGGGAGCGGGCGGGACCACCCCUACCUGCGCUGUGCCGGGGACCGCCGAGACUACCUGUCCGACAGCGAGCUGCACAGCCUGCGCCUCGCCGCCUACGACAGUGCCAGCCUGCGCCCCGCACCCGCCGGGCAGUACCCCGACUUCGCUGCCACUGCCGCCUCCUAUGGCGCCUACCCAUACCCCGCCCCACAGGGCCCCGCCGCCUUCCCGCCAGCACGCCUGCAGCCCCCCCAGUACCCUGCAGCCAGCACCUCCCAGGAUGACUUGCCGGCGGCCCCGCUGCCCGCCUUUGCCUCACCCGGCACCUUCCAAGCCCCCGGUGCCCCAUACCCGGAGCUGGGCACUCCAAGCCAGCCGGGCUUCCGGCCCCAAAACCCCUACCAAGCCCCGAGCGCCUUCGCUGGGGUGGCUACCGUGCCGGCGGCACAGCCCGCCCUCUUCCAGAGCCCAGCAGACAUAGCUGGUGGGCACCAGAAGCCGCGGCAGACCUCGCUGGCCGACCUGGAGCAGAAGAUCCCCACCAACUAUGAGGUCAUCGGUGUGGCCACCAGCUCCUCUGCCGUUCCCGAUGUCACCUUCAGCACCGUGCCGGCAAGCAGUGGCUAUGAGCAGUACAAGGCACCCGAGGCCCGGCCGGCCGAGAGAGUCAGCGUGGCACAGGGCCCCUCAGCCAGCUUUUCUUCCGAGUCCCUCUACACCAGCCUGGAGCAGAACAUCCCCCGUAACUAUGUGAUGAUUGAGGACAUCAGCGAGCUCACCAAGGACAGCCCAGCGGUGGAGGGGCCGAAAGCAGAGCUGGUGGGCACAGGCACUGACAGUCGCCACGGCAGAGAGAAGAGCGACCUGGGGGACACUGAAGGCUCCAACCGGCCCUGCUGCUACACCAAAGCUGAGGAGGAGUCUGAGGAAGAUGUCUAUGACCACCAUGGCCCCGACCAUCGAGGGAAGAACAGCUACCACCGGGGCAUGGAGAGCAAUGGCAGGGUGUCAGGGAGCUCCACUGGCUCAUCCUACUACUAUGGAGACAGCGAGUACCGGCACCCCUCACGGGCGGACAAGCACAGCUCCGGCAUGGCACUACCGAAGCAUUCGUCCAAAAACCUGGCGCCUGCCGUCGUCUCCUCGAAGCGCAGCAAGCACAGGAAGCAGGGCAUGGAGCAGAAGAUCUCCAAGUUCUCCCCUAUUGAAGAAGCCAAAGACGUGGAGUCGGACCUGGCCUCCUAUGCAGCCACGACCUCAGUUGGCAGUAGCAACGUGGCCUCUAGGGCCAAGAAGCUACAGGAAGAGAUCACCUACGGCCUGAAGAAGAAUGUCUAUGAGCAGCAGAAGUACUACGGAGUCUCCAGCCGGGAUCUGGUGGAUGAGGAGGAGCGGGUCUACUCUGGCAGCAGCAGAACCCGCUCCUCUGGCUAUGGGGUGGAAAAGCCCUCUGGCCGGGAGGCGGGCAGUCGGAGCAAGUCCUAUGAGCGGGAGGGUGUGGAGCGCUCCCAGAAAGGUGGCUCCAAGCCCUCGUCCCUCAGCAUGAGCCAGAGCCGUGGGCGGGCACCUAUCCGCACACAGCCCUCGGAGGAGGAGAGCCCCGUCAGCCCCCUGGGGAAGGCAGUGGGGGGGUCGCGUACCGCAGGGGGACCUGGCCCGCAGUCGGCGGGGGACCCCUGCUCCCAGUUCUGCUCCAGCCACUCGUUGCCUGAUGUGCAAAAGCACAUCAAAGACGUGCCAAGGAGUCACUCAUACAAGCAUGAGGAGGGCUACGGCAUGGACGAUGCCCAUUGCGUUGUCUCGGACAGCGAAGGUAACGGCUCCCCGUGGUGACCACCCCAGAGCAUGGCACUUCCCCGGGGCAUGCCUGUCCGCUCGUAUGCAGAGACACUCUCACCGCCUCAGUUUGCUUGACACGUGCCUUCCUCCCCCCGCCCCGGGUGUUCGGUGUUAGCUGGUCCCGCGCGGUGCCCUGCCACGCCGUGCCGCGCCGCGUCCUGUCCCUGCCGGCACAGGCUGUCCCCCGCGCGCGUGCCCGCUGCUUGCCUCUCCCACCUCAUUGCAUGGCUUCCACCCGGGCAGCCUCGAGUGAAAGAUUGACUGUGGUUUGUUUU